ACGUCACUUCCCGGAUAAGCAACUUGUUCCGGUCUAAGCUACCCGGAAAACGACACAACAUGUCGGAACUGCUGGAUUCUCGUAAAGUCACAGCAAGUUAAGGUCUAUUUAAACAUCACCAAACAGACAAUACAUAGCAAUGUGUUUUAUCGUCAGCCGUAUGUAAUUUAAGAAUCCAAACUGUAGUCCAGCUUCCUGUUUUCGAGCCUUCGUCAUUUUAAGAAACUUGUUAGUUUCAGCUAAUACAUAUCACACAAAAAGACAUGGGCAAUGGAAUGAAUAAGGUUGUUGACGGCCUUUACCUUGGGAAUAUAAGAGAUUCAGAAAACCGCCAAAGCCUCUCACAGAAUGGCAUCACCCAUAUCCUAUCUGUGUACAACAACGCAAGGCCUGUGUUUGAGGACAAGACCUACCUUUGUAUUCACGCAGCGGAUGCGUCCAGUGAGAAUCUGUUGCAACAUUUUAAAGAGUGCAUCCGCUUCAUCCAUGAAUGUCGCCUGAAUGGAGGAGCUUGUCUUGUUCACUGCCUUGCAGGUGUUUCGCGCAGCACCACCAUGGUGGUGGCCUACCUGAUGACCGUCACCCACUACAGCUGGGAGGAGUGUCUCACUGCAGUCAAGGCUGUGCGCUCUUUUGUCGGCCCCAACUCUGGCUUCCAGGAGCAGCUGCGGGAUUACCAGACAACGCAAGUGUCAGAGUAUCGAGCUUGGCUGAAGUCCAGUUUCAAUCCCAGUCCAUUUAACGAUCAAGAGCAGGUGGGCGUCCUUCUCGUCCAGUUCACGGAGCAACAGGAAAACCAGCAGCGAGGUGGAGACCAGCGCUGGCGAAACCAAGACAUCAAAGGUUGCUCUGUGCCAUCAACACCUCCUGAAGGCAGCAGUUAAGACAAGAGGCCAAGAUAUUUAAUUUUUACUUCAUGCUAAUCCGUCUAGUAAUGGGUUAAUUUGGAUGCAAGCUGUACAUACCUCACUUUUAGUACCUCCUUGGUUCCUUCACCGAGCCCAUCAGUGCUCAGACGCCUUACUCCCAAAUGCCUCAGCACUUUAGCCAUGAUGACAUCACCUGUGCUUCCAUGUGGAUUAACCUGUUGCAAUAGCUCAGCAGCCUUAAAGAUGUGCCAUAGGUGCACGCUCGGUGAUCAAAUUGUGUCUUUGGACUACUGCUUUACUGAUGUGGUAUAAAUUACUGUAUUGACCUGAAUAUAAGAAAACUGUCCGAAAAAAUUGUGAUCUCAGAGAUUUAUACUGUACAUGCAAACUAAGCAAGUGGCCCUUGACAAAACCCAAAUUGGAUGAAAUGUGAUGAAUUAUAUGGCAGAUAUUGAAAACAUGACCAAAAUAGGUUUGUUUUAUCUUUAGAAAUGUUUUUCCCAAAAAAGACGGGAUUGUCUUAUAUUUGGGUGUCUAUGUUAAUCUGUCUUCAAAGUUUCGACAAACCGGGUGUGUAUGUUUGGGGGGAAUCAAUGCACAUUUUCCUUGUGAGUAAAUCAUUAAAAUCGCUCUAAUGAAGGAUCUCUGAAA